GGAGGCAGGUUGCACUUGUUCUUCAGAGCUGUUUUGGGGAAGAGCACUGAGGUCCAUAUAGGACAAGUCCAAGAUUGGGAACAGUUUAUGAAGCUGCACUCACGUGAGAGGAGGAAGAAAAAUGAUGGAAUAGCUGCAAACAUGGCUAUCUUGAGUGGUGUAUGGACAACACCCUCCAGUGUCAACACCCUACUAUUUUUAAAUUUACUCUUUAAAUUAUGUAAUGGUCUCCAAGGAACCUCACCUCAGAUCUUCCAGUUUACUUAUUCAACGUACAAUGCCACAGUAUACGAAAAUUCUGCUGCUCGGACUUAUCUCAACAGUCAAACCAAAAUUGGCAUCAAGCUGGCCAAUCUUUCUUGGGACAUUAAAUACAGGAUAAUGUCUGGAGAUGAAGAAGGGUUUUUUAAAGCUGAAGAAGUCGUCAUUGGAGAUUUUUGUUUUUUACGAAUACGAACAAAAGGAGGAAAUUCUGCCAUUUUGAAUAGAGAAAUUCAAGACAGCUAUUUAUUAUCAAUAAAGGCGUCAGUGAGAGGGGAGGACUUCGAGGCCUGGACAAAAGUCAACGUACAAGUCUUAGAUAUGAAUGAUUUACGUCCCUUGUUCUCCCCCACCACAUACUCUGUUACUAUAGCAGAAAGCACUCCUAUAAGGACAAGUAUAGCACAGGUCACUGCCACCGAUGCCGAUAUUGGAUCCAAUGGGGAAUUUUAUUACUAUUUUAAGAAUAAGGUAGAACUUUUCUCUGUCCAUCCUACAAGUGGAGUUGUAUCACUAAGUGGGCGGCUAAACUAUGACGAAAAAAAUAGAUAUGACCUGGAAGUUUUAGCUGUAGACCGCGGCAUGAAAUUAUACGGGAACAAUGGUGUAAGUAGUACCGCCAAACUUUUUGUUCACAUUGAACGUAUAAAUGAACACGCUCCUACAAUCACCGUGGUCACUCACAUUCCAUCCAUGUUGGACAUGGACCCUUUGUAUGCCAUUGUUACCGCUGAUGACAAUGAUGAAGGCGCCAAUGGAGACAUUGAAUCAGUUGCUGUUGUCUCGGGAGAUGAGCCGCAACAGUUUUCAUUGGUGAAGGAGGGAAAAUGGAUGAACGAGUAUAAAAUCAAACAAAAAAGUCCUAUCGAUUGGGACAACUUUCCAUACGGUGUAAAUCUGACACUUCAAGCUAAAGACAAGGGGUCUCCCCAAAAGUCUUCAGAAUUCAAAUACGUGCACAUUGCCAGCCCUGAAAAAGAAAAGGUGAAAGCUGAAUUUGAGAAAGAUGUUUAUGAUGUUACAGUUAGUGAAUUCUCUCCUCCUGGUGCUGUGGUAACAGCGGUGAAGGUGCAGCCUUCAUCAGCAUCUGUGGAAUACAAAAUUUCCGAAAGUGAAGAUUCAGAGUAUUUUCGGAUCAACUCAAGGACGGGACUGAUCACCACAUCACGUCAUUUAAACAUGGCCGGGAAAGAUACUUAUGAAAUAGAAGUAAUGCAUAAAACCAAUGAUAUUAAUGCAAAGGUCAUCAUAAAACUGGAAGAUGCCAAUGAUAACACCCCAGAGUUCCAACAAACCUCAUACGAGGCAUUUGUCAAUGAAACAGUGCCUGUCGGAACUAGUGUUUUAACGGUUUUAGCAUCUGAUAAGGACAAAGGCGAAAAUGGUUAUAUUACUUACAGCAUUGCCAGCUUAAAUUCCCUGCCUUUUGUCAUCAAUCAGUUUACAGGAACUAUCAGCACUUCUGAUGUUCUUGAUUUCGAGUCAUCACCUGAAAAUUACAGAUUUAUUGUAAGAGCCUCCGAUUGGGGGUCUCCAUACCGCCAUGAGAGUGAAGUUAAUGUAACCAUUCAUAUAGGAAACAUAAAUGAUAACAAGCCUUUAUUUGAAAAAGUAGCUUGCCAAGGAGUCAUCUCUUUUGAUUUUCCAACUGGUGGACACAUCACUGCUGUUUCUGCCAUUGAUAUCGAUGAGCUAGAGCUUGUUAAGUAUAAGAUAAUGUCAGGGAAUGAACUAGGUUUCUUCUACUUGAACCCAGAUUCUGGGGUCUUACAACUUAAGAAAUCAUUCAUCAGUUCUGGACUCAGAAACAGUAACUUCGCCCUUAAGAUCACUGCCACAGAUGGUGAAAACUUUGCCGACCCUAUGUACGUGAACAUAACCAUAGUCCAUGGUAAGGUCCCAUCUAAAUAUUUUGACUGUAAAGAAACAAGGGUUGCCCAGAAGUUAGCAGAAAAACUUCUCAAAAAGUCCAAAGCUAAUUCCAAAUUAAACUAUGAGGACAGUCUGUUCGAUUUCUAUUCAAUAAAUAGGCAGCCACCUCAAUUUGACAAGUCUUUUCCUUCAGAUGUAUCAGUGAAAGAAGACCUUCCCGUGGGUUCCUCAAUACUAAAAAUCAAAGCCACUGACCCUGAUUCUGGGUUUAAUGGAAAGGUACUUUACACAAUCACAGAUGGUAAUAUUGAUAGCUGCUUUACCAUUGAUUUGGAAUCUGGUCAAAUCAGUGUGCUAAUGCCCAUGGAUCGAGAGACUUCGGAUAAGUAUCUUCUUAAUAUCACCACAUAUGAUUUAGGCAAACCUCAAAGAUCAUCCUGGCGAUUGUUGACUAUCCACGUCAAUGAUGCAAAUGACAACAGCCCCAUUUUCCUUCAAGAAAGCUACUCAGCUAAUAUUCUAGAGAGCACAAGCAUAGGGACAGAGUUAAUUCAGGUGGAAGCUCGAGACAAGGAUAUCGGACCAAAUGGUGAAAUAUUUUAUUCCAUUUUAACUGACACCAAAAAAUUUGCAAUCAACAGCUCCACUGGAAUAGUGUAUGUAGCUGAUCAUCUGGACAGAGAACUCAUGUCUAACUACACAUUGAAAAUUGAAGCAAGGGACAAAGCGGAAAAUGGUCAACAGCUUUUUUCAGUUGUCACCCUAAAGGUCUAUUUGGAUGAUGUUAAUGAUUGUGCUCCAGUUUUUGUACCAUUCAGCUAUACUGCCAAAGUACUGGAAGAUCUGCCAGUGGGUACUGUCAUAUCUUGGCUUGAAACCCAAGACCCAGACCUUGGUCUUGGUGGCCAAGUACGGUAUUCCUUAGUGAACGACUACAAUGGCAGGUUUGAAAUUGAUAAAACAAGUGGAGCUAUUCGCUUGAACAAGGAAUUAGACUAUGAAAAGCAACAGUUCUACAAUCUUACCGUACGCGCUAAGGAUAAGGGUCGUCCUGUUUCUCUUUCAUCGGUUUCAUUUGUGGAAGUGGAAGUGGUAGACGUCAAUGAAAACCUACAUACUCCAUAUUUUUCGGAUUUUGCUAUAACUGGAUCUAUCAAAGAGAAUUCACGCAUUGGAACUAGUGUGUUGCAAGUGUUGGCGAAAGAUGAAGAUACUGGUCGAGAUGGUGAAAUACAAUACUCCAUAAGGGAUGGCAGUGGUCUCGGAAGAUUCACUAUUGAUGAAGAAACUGGAGUUAUCUACACUGCCGAUGUUCUAGAUAAAGAAACCACCAACUCAUACUGGCUCACAGUGUAUGCCACCGACAGAGGAGUUGUUCCUCUCUUCUCUACCAUUGAGCUUUACAUUGAAGUGGAAGAUGUCAACGAUAAUGCUCCUCUGACUUCUCAGCCUAUAUACUAUCCUACAAUCAUGGAAAAUUCCCCUAAAGAUGUGUCUGUGCUCCAGGUUCAGGCUGUAGACCCUGAUUCGAACACCAGCGAUAAGUUGACCUACAAGAUCACAAGCGGGAACCCUCAAAACUUCUUUGCCAUCAAUGCCAAGACAGGUCUCAUUACCACCACGUCCAGAAAGUUGGAUCGCGAACAGCAAGCGGAGCAUUUUCUCGAGGUGACAGUCAGUGAUGGAGGUCCAUCUCCCAAGCACUCCACCGUCUGGGUCGUGGUUCAAGUCUUGGAUGAAAACGAUAACAAACCCCAAUUCCCAGAAAAGGUUUAUCAGAUCAAACUUCCAGAGAGAGACCGUAAGAAAAGAGGAGAACCCAUCUACAGAGCUUUCGCCUUUGACAAGGAUGAAGGUCCCAAUGCUGAGAUCUCCUACACGAUCGUUGAUGGCAACGAAGACGGCAAGUUCUUUAUCGACCCUAAAACCGGCAUGGUGUCUUCAAGGAAGCAGUUUUCAGCUGGGAGUUACGACAUCUUAACAAUAAAGGCUGUAGACAAUGGGCGCCCUCAGAAGUCCUCCACCGCACGACUGCACAUUGAAUGGAUUAAGAAGCCUUCACCUUCACCCACUGCCCUCAUCUUCGAUGAACCCUUCUACAACUUUACAGUCAUGGAAAGUGAUAAGGUGACGGAGAUUGUGGGAGUUGUUACUGUUCAGCCUUCCAAUAUCCCUCUUUGGUUUGACGUUGAAGGAGGAAACAUGGACAGCACUUUUGACAUCGAGAAAGGAGUGGGGACAAUUGUCAUUGCGAAGCCACUGGACGCCGAGCAGCGCUCAAGCUAUAAUAUGACUGUGGAAGUCACUGAUGGGACAAAUAUUGCCACCGCUCAGGUUCUUAUUCGAGUCCUUGACAACAAUGACAAUGGUCCAGAGUUCUCCCAGGCAAGCUACGAUGCGGUCAUCUCAGAAGACAUCCUCCCAGACACUGAAAUUUUACAAAUAAAAGCCACGGACAAGGAUGAAAACCACAAGCUGAGCUACAUCAUCCACAGCAGCAUCGACCCAAAUAGUAUGAGAAAGUUCCGUAUUGAUCCUAGUACUGGCACGCUGUAUACAGCGGAGAGGCUGGACCACGAGACCCAGGCCCAUCACAUCCUUACUGUAAUGGUCAAAGAUCAGGAAUUCCCGUACAGACGAAACCUGGCUCGAGUUACAGUCACUGUAGAAGACGCUAAUGACCACAGCCCCUACUUCACCAGCCCAUUGUAUGAAGCUUCUGUCUUUGAAUCUGCCGCCGUCGGCUCAGCCGUCAUACAAGUCACUGCCUUAGACCGGGACAAAGGAGAAAAUGCCGAACUGAUAUACUCCAUAGAAACAGGCAACACUGGGAACAUGUUCAAAAUUGAACCAGUUCUGGGCAUCAUCACUGUGUCAAAGGAACCAGACUUAUCCACAAUGGGUCAGUUCGUACUAUCCGUCAAAGUCACUGAUCGAGGAAGUCCAUCGCUCUCCGCUGCGGCAAUUGUUAGAAUUUCCUUAUCCAUGUCAGAUAAUUCAAAUCCCAAAUUCACCCAGACAGAAUAUCAGGCUGAAGUUCACGAGAACGUAGAAGUGGGCACGCUGGUUGUACAGGUGUCUGCAAUAAGUCAAUCCACAUUGGUUUUUGAAAUCAAAGUUGGUAAUGCAGAAGGAGCCUUUUCUAUCAACCCAUACUCUGGAGUCAUCACAACUCAGAAGUUACUUGAUUAUGAACGAAUAUCUUCCUACCAGCUCAUUAUCCAAGCAACAAAUAUGGCAGGCAUGGCUUCCAACACCACUAUCAACAUCCACGUUCUGGACCAAAAUGACAACCCACCAGUCUUUCUCAGUUCUCAGUAUGUGGGUACUAUCAGUGAAGCAGCCCCUAUAAACAGCAUUGUUAGGAGCUCAGAUAAAAACCCAUUAGUGAUAAGAGCAACUGAUGCAGAUAGCAACCAGAAUGCUUUGCUUGUUUACCAGAUUGUUGAGUCAACGGCCAAAAAGUAUUUCACAGUGGAUUCCAGCACUGGUGCCAUCCGAACCAUAGCUUACCUGGACCAUGAAACCAUAGCUUUCUUUCAUUUCCAUGUGCAUGUUAGGGAUAGCGGAAGUCCACAACUUACUGCCGAAAGUCCAGUUGAAGUUUCAAUCGAAGUAAGUGAUGUCAAUGAUAACCCUCCAGUAUUCACCGAAGCUGUUUUUGAAACAACUUUACUCCUACCAACCUAUGUUGGUGUAGAGGUCCUGCAAGUUAGCGCUCGAGAUCCAGAUUUAGCAAUACCUCCAGAGUUAAGUUAUUCGUUAACAGAAGGAAACCUCAACCAUUUCAUAAUUGAUUCCAGCACUGGGGUCAUCACAGUAAAAAACAGCAGUUUGUCUAAAGAUCAUUAUAUGCUCAUGGUCAAAGUAUCAGAUGGGAAAUUUUAUAGUACUGCUAUUGUUACCAUACUUGUAAAGGAAGCCAUGGAUAGUGGUCUUUACUUCACCCAAGAUUUUUAUUCUGCUUCUAUACCAGAAAACACCACCAAUAUCACAAAGAUAGCUGUUGUGAAUGCUGUAGGCCACCGCUUGAAUGAGCCACUAAAAUAUACCAUAUUAAACCCAGGAAAUAAGUUCAAAAUUAAGUCUACCUCUGGAGUUAUUCAGACCACAGGAAUUUCUUUCGACCGAGAAGAAGAAGAAAUCUAUGAAUUAGUGGUAGAAGCAAGUAGAGAACUAGACAACCUCCGUGUGGCUCGAGUGGUCGUUAAGGUCAACAUUGAAGAUAUCAAUGACAAUGCUCCAGUCUUCGUAGGUCUUCCAUACUACGCUGCUGUUCAGGUUGAUGCUGAGCCGGGGACUUUGAUCUAUAAAGUGACAGCCAUAGAUAAAGACAAGGGUAAAAAUGGUGAGCUAUCAUUUUUCUUGGAAGAUGAUUACAGCCAUUUUGAAAUUGACAAACAGAAUGGGAGUGUUACCUUGAAAAAUUCCUUUGACUCCGAUCUCUCUAACAUAGAGUACAUAUUAAUUAUCAUUGCCAAAGACCGCGGUGAUCCUUUAUUGUCAGCUUCGGUUGAGCUGCCAGUCACCAUUGUCAACAAAGCCAUGCCAGUAUUUGACAAAGCCUUUUAUGCAGCUUCCGUAAAUGAAGAUGUUGAGAUGCACACACCAAUUUUGAGUAUUAAUGCUACAAGCCCAGAAGGCCAAGGCAUCAUUUACACCAUUGUUGAUGGAGAUCCAUAUAACCAGUUUAACAUUGAUUUUGACACUGGUGUUUUGAGUGUGGUCAGCCAACUGGACUUUGAAACAAACCCUUCCUUUAAGUUGACUGUACGUGCAAGUGAUUCACUCACGAGUGCGAGGGCUGAGGUCAUUGUAGAUAUCAGUAUUAAUGACGUCAAUGACAAUCCACCAAUUUUUCAAUUUCCAUCAUACAAUGCCACUUUAUCGGAAAGUUCUCUCAUUGGGACACCAGUCCUACAAGUGGUUGCCACAGAUGCCGACUCCGAUAAUAACAAAGUCGUAAGGUAUCAAAUUGUUCAGGACAUAUUUAACAACACUGAUUCUUUCCACAUAGACAGUACCAGUGGUUUGAUACUCACAGCUCGUCUGUUGGACCAUGAGGUUUCCCAGCAAAGUGUCCUGAGAAUUAGGGCAACAGAUAACGGAUUUCCAUCCCUAAGUAGUGAGAUCCUAGUUACCAUUUACAUAACAGAUUUAAAUGACAAUCCUCCAGUUUUCAAUCAGUUGAUCUAUGAGUCAUAUGUGAGUGAGCUUGCUCCUAGAGGACACUUUGUGACCUGUGUCCAAGCUUCUGAUGCAGACAGUACAGACGUUGAUAGGUUAGAGUACAGCAUUUUGUCUGGAAACGAUCGUAUGAACUUUUUCAUGGAUAGCAAGAGUGGUGUCAUAACCCUUUCUAACCAUCGUAAGCAACGAAUGGAGCCGAUGCAUAGUUUAAAUAUCUCAGUGUCUGAUGGGCUGUUCACCAGUACAGCACAGGUCCACGUGAAGAUUCUUGGGGCAAAUCUUUUUAGCCCUGUUUUUGCACAAAGUGUCUAUGUGACUGAAGUUAGAGAAAAUGCCCCCAUUGGCACUAAGGUAAUCUAUGUCAAGGCAACAGAUGGAGAUUCAGGCUUGUAUGGACAUGUCACCUACACGAUCAUAAAUGACUUAGCCAAAAAUCGAUUCUUUAUUGACACAUUAGGACAGAUUGUUACUACAGAAAAGCUAGAUCGAGAGAAUCCACUGGAGCGGGACAUUCAUAUAUUUCUUAGAGCUCUGGACGGCGGUGGUCGAGCAGCUUUUUGUACUAUCCAAGUAUUAGUGGUGGAUGAAAAUGACAAUGCACCACAAUUUAAAGCUACAGAAUACAGGGCAAGUGUCAAAGCUGAUGUUGAGAAAGGUCACCUUGUCACUCAGGUGCAAGCCUUUGACGAAGAUGAUGGUGCCAACUCUCGAAUCACCUACUCGCUAUACAGUGAGGCUUCUGUUUCAGUAGCAGAUCUUCUGGAAAUUGACCCGGAUAAUGGUUGGAUGGUUACAAAGGGCAACUUUAACCAGCUAAAAAAUACAGUUCUUUCCUUUUUUGUUAAGGCAUUGGAUGGGGGAAUUCCUAUGAAACACUCUCUUAUUCCUGUAUACAUUCAUGUUGUACCCUCAGAAACUGUCCUGCCUACUUUUGCCCAACCUCAAUAUACAUUCGCUGUCCCAGAAGACACUUUGAUCGGAACUAUAAUAGACUCAUUCAACAUAAAACCUGUUCAAGAGGCUUUAUUCAGCAUAGUCAACGGUGAAUAUCCUGAAAAUAACAAGGAUAACCUUUUUAUCAUCGAUAAGGACACCGGAAUGUUAAAAUUGGACAAAAAAGUUGACCAUGAAUCUAUACCUGUGUUUCAUUUCAAAGUUGCUGCCUCUGUACCUUUGGAUAAAGUCGAUGUCUUAAUUACUGUUGACGUAGAGAUCAAGAUCUUAGAUUUGAAUGACAACAAGCCAUUAUUUGACUCCACACACUACGAUGCUGUAAUCAUGGAGGGUAUGUCAAUAGGAACCAGCGUUAUCCAAGUGAAAGCUGCCGAUGCCGACUGGGGCGCGAAUGGACAAGUUACUUACAGUCUUAUUUCGGAAAGGCCAGAAGACAGAAUCUUAGAAACAUUCACUAUUGAUUCAAAUACUGGUUGGAUAAGUACACUCAAAGAACUGGACCACGAGAGGAACCCCACUUAUAGAUUUACCGUUGUAGCAGCUGACCUUGGAGAAACAUUGUCUCUUUCUACUUCUGCCGUCGUCUCCGUGACUGUCACAGACAUCAAUGACAAUGGGCCCAUCUUUGAACAAGGAACCUAUAAAGGAUUUGUGAAAGAAAGUGAUGCCCCUGGGGAGGUGGUUGGAAUACUUAGCACUUGGGAUGAAGACACAUCUGAAAUAAACCGUCAAGUGAGCUACCAUAUUACAGGAGGUAACCCCAAAGGGAAGUUUGCCUUAGGGCUGAUAGAGAAUGAAUGGAAAGUUUAUGUGAAAAGGUCCCUGGAUCGAGAAGAACAGGACACGUACUUCCUCAACAUCACUGCGACCGACGGACUUUUUGUAUCUCAGACUGUCGUGGAAGUUUAUGUCACCGAUGUCAAUGACAACAGCCCCGUGUGUGACCAGGUUAUAAAUGCAGCCUCUGUUCCUGAAGACAUUCCUCCCAAUAAGAUGCUCCUGAAGAUCAGUGCCAGAGAUGCAGACAUCGGGAUCAACGCUGAGAUCCGCUAUUCGCUCCAUGGUCCUGGUUCUGAUAACUUUUAUUUAGAUGCUGAAAGUGGGGAGCUGAAGACCAUGGCCCCGCUGGAUCGGGAGAAGAUUCCGGUGUAUAAUUUAAUUGCUCGAGCCACGGAUGGGGGAGGAAGAUUUUGCCAGUCUGAAAUCCGCUUAAUUCUGGAAGACGUCAAUGAUAACCCUCCAGCCUUUUCAGCUGACUAUUACACUGCCAGUGUCUACGAGAAUACGGUCACCAAAGCUUUACUGACAAGGGUGCAGGCUAAUGACCCUGAUGUUGGUAUAAACCGGAAGGUGAUCUACUCCCUGGUUGACUCUGCAGGUGGACAUUUCACUAUGGAUGAGCAAUCUGGCAUCAUUGUCCUGGAGCAGCCCUUAGACCGGGAGGUCCAGUCCUCCUAUAACAUCACAGUGAAAGCAUCAGACAGGAGUCCCCUUCAGCCAUUAUCUUCUUUUGCAGUUGUUACAAUUACAGUCUUGGAUGUCAAUGAUAACCCGCCAGUAUUUGAAAGGAGAGAUUAUUUGGUCACAGUUCCAGAGGACACGGCCAUUGGCAACCAAGUCAUGUUUGUGUUUGCGGCAAGCAAGGAUAUUGGCUCAAAUGCAGAAAUAACUUACAGCUUCAGGACCGGAAAUGAGCAUGGAAAGUUCAAGAUCAAUCCCAAGACAGGGGCAAUUCUAGUGGUCAAUUCUCUGGACUACGAAAGCUGCAAAAGCUUCUACCUAGUGGUGGAGGCCAAAGAUGGCGGCAGCCCUCCACUCAGCGCGGUGGCAACGGUGAACAUCAACCUGACGGAUGUGAAUGACAAUCCUCCGUCGUUCAGCCAGGAGGUUUAUAGCGCUGUCAUCAGUGAAGACGCCUCUGUCGGAGAUUCUGUCAUUAUGAUAUUUGCUGAAGACUUGGACAGCCCAUCAAACGGGCAAAUUAGCUUCUCUAUCAUCAAUGGUGACCAAGAUAAUCAGUUCACGGUUGAUCCGGUCAUAGGGCUGAUUAAAGUGAAGGACAAGCUGGAUCGGGAGCGGGUGUCUGGCUAUUCACUGUUGAUUCAAGCUAGAGAUAGUGGUUUUCCACUUCUCUCAUCGACCGUCACAGUAAAUAUCGAUAUUUCAGAUGUAAAUGAUAACAGCCCUCAGUUUACACCGGCAAACUACAGCACCGUCAUACAGGAGAACAAACCAACCGGUACAAGUAUUCUCCAGCUAAUAGUCACUGACAAAGACUCCUACCACAACGGACCACCAUUUACAUUCACCAUCAUAAGUGGAAAUGAAGGUGGCAAGUUUACACUGGACCAGUCUGGAGUCUUACGCUCUGCAGUUGUUUUUCUACACAUGGUCGCCAAUGAGCAUGUCCUUAACAUCCAGGUGAAAGACUCAGGUAAACCACAACUGACCUCUCAAACCUACGUACACGUGAGAGUCAUCGAAGAAAGCAUCCACAAACCUUCUGCCACCCCACUGGAGAUAUACAUUGUCACCAUGGAGGACGAUUUCCCAGGAGGAGUCAUAGGCAAGAUUCACGCCACAGAUCAGGAUGUCUACGAUGUCCUCUCCUACAGUCUCAAGUCAGAGCAGAAAAGUUUGUUCAAAGUAAACAAUCACGAUGGUAAAGUUAUCGCCCUCGGGGGUCUAGAUGGGGGUAAAUAUAAUCUGAAUGUAUCUGUUAGUGAUGGCCGCUAUCAAGUUUCGGUUGAUGUGGCGGUCCAUGUGGAGCAGUUGAUUCAGGAUAUGUUGUACAAUGCUGUCACGAUACGUUUCGAGAACAUCUCUCCCGAGGAUUUUGUUGGGCUCCAUCUGCACGGCUUUCGACGUACUCUUCGGAACGCGGUUCUCACUCAGAAGGAAGACAGCUUGUAUAUAAUCAGUAUUCAACCGGUACCUGGCACGAACCAACUCGACAUGCUGUUUGCCGUUCAAAUGCAAAGCAGAGGUUUCUAUAAGCCGGCAUAUUUGAUUCAGAAGCUCUCAAAUGCAAGACGACAUUUGGAAAAUGUAAUUCGGAUAUCAACAAUCCUGGAAAAGAAUUGCUCGGGAUUGGAUUGUCAGGAGCAACAUUGCGAACAGACGUUGUCUGUAGAUUCUCACUCGCUAAUGACCUAUAGCACAGCCAGAAUCAGCUUUGUAUGCCCCCGGUUUUACAGGAACGUGCGCUGUAUAUGUAAUGGUGGACUCUGUCCUGGCUCUGCAGAUCCAUGUUUGAACAAGCCGUGUCCCGAGGACAUGCAAUGUGUUGGGUACGAAGUCAGCCGGAGACCAUUUAUCUGCCAGUGCCCACCAGGCAAACUCGGAGAAUGCUCAGGACAUACUUCACUCAGUUUUGCUGGAAACAGUUACAUUAAAUACCGGGUUUCGGAGAACAGCAAGCGAGAUGAAUUCAGACUGGGCCUGCGAAUGCGGACUCUGCAGAACAAUGCUAUAAUCAUGUACACGAGAUCGAACCCCUGCAUGAUCCUGAAGAUUGUGGACGGGAAGCUGUGGUUCCAGUUGGACUGUGGCAGCGGCCCCGGAAUCCUGGGAAUUUCUGGCAGGACGGUUAAUGACGGGAGCUGGCACUCGGUCUUUUUGGAGCUGAACCGGAAUUUCACGAGCUUGUCGCUGGACGAUAGCUACGUGGAGCGCCGCAAAGCGCCACUUUACUACCAGACCCUCAGUGCUGACAGCUCCAUUUAUUUUGGAGCUCAGGUGCAAGUGGAGAAUGUCCGGAGCCUGACUGACAAGAGGAGCACACAGGUCCUGGGCGGCUUCCAGGGAUGCCUGGACUCCGUCAUCCUGAAUAACAACGAGCUGCCCCUCCAGAACAAGAGGAGCAGCUUCGCAGAAGUGGUCGGCCUGACUGAACUCAAGCUCGGCUGCGUGCUCUACCCUGAUGCCUGCGAGCGGAAGCCCUGCCAGAACGGAGGGAGCUGUACCAGUGUGCCAUCUGGUGGUUACCAGUGCACCUGUCCAUCCCAGUACAUCGGCAAAAACUGUGAAUCGGAGAUCACGGCGUGCUUCCCAAAUCCCUGCCGGAACGGUGGGACUUGUGAUCCGAUCGGGAAUUCCUUCAUCUGCACCUGCAGGACAGGUCUGAGGGGAUUAACGUGUGAAGAAGACAUUAAUGAAUGUGAACGAGAAGACUGUGAAAAUGGCGGCACGUGCAUCAAUACCUUUGGGUCAUUUUUCUGUAAUUGCACUCAUGGCUACGUUGGACAGUAUUGCGGUUUAAGACCUGUGGUGGUGCCCAACAUUCAAGCAGGACAUUCCUAUGUCGGCAAGGAGGAGCUGAUCGGGAUAGCUGUGGUGCUUUUUGUAAUAUUUGUCCUCAUCAUCCUCUUCAUAGUCUUCCGCAAAAAAGUGUUCCGUAAAAAUUACUCCCGUAACAACAUCACUCUUGUCCAAGACCCGGCCACGGCGGCACUGCUCAAUAAAACCAAUGGGAUUCAAUUUAAGAACCUCCGGAGUGGUGGAGACAGUCGAAAUAUCUAUCAAGAGGUUGGUCCUCCUCAAGUUCCUGUACGACCCAUGGCCUACACUCCUUGUUUCCAGAGUGAAUCUAGGAACAACUUGGAUAAGAUGGUUGAUGGGCUUGGGGUGGAACAUCAGGAGAUGACAACCUUCCACCCAGAGUCCCCUAGGAUUCUAACAGCUCGAAGAGGUGUAGUGGUGUGCAGUGUGGCCCCCAAUAUGCCAUCAGUAUCCCCAUGUCGUUCUGACUGUGACUCCAUCAGAAAAGGACCUUGGGAUUCAGGAAAUGAUUGUAAAGGACUGGAAGCAGCAGAAGACAUGACUUGCUUUGUGGGGAAUACAAAGGGCAGCAAUUCUGAGAACCAGUCCUUGAACUCCUUUCAGUCGGAUUCAGGAGAUGACAAUGCUUCCAUAGUGACUGUCAUUCAUCUAGCCAACAAUGUUGUUGAUAAUGUAGAAACUGAAGCUCCGAUAUUGGACCAAGGGCAGAAUUACAACAGAGCGUACCACUGGGAUACCUCGGAUUGGAUGCCAAGUGCUCAUUUGUCUGACAUUGAGGAGGCCCCAAACUAUGAAACUGCUGAUGGGUCAUCAGCCCACCAUGGUAGCACCAGAGAACUCGAGACAGAUUACUAUCUGGGAGGUUACGACAUUGACAGUGACUAUCCCCCUCCUCAACAUGAAGAUUAUUUAAGUCAAGAUCAGCUUCCACCUCCUCUUCCGGAGGACUUUCAAGAACAUUAUGAUACCCUUCCUAAAGUACAGCCUAGGUCUAUAAUCAGCACACUCAGUCCAGACUGCAGUCGGCGUCCACAAUUUCACCCGAGCCAGUACCUCCCACCCCAUCAUCUCUCAAGCGAACUAGAGACUUGUGGCUCACACCCCGGACUUUCAUUUAGUACUUUUGUGCCUGCUCCAAGCCAAAAGGUGGACAAGACAAGCACAGAUAAUGUAUCUUUAUCCUUGCACAAUUCUGUAGGUGCUUCUUCUUCAGAUGUGUCGGCCAGCUGUGGACUGGAAGAUACCGAAGCGGCCAUAAGUGACUAUGAAAGUUUAGACGACUUUCGAAUCGAUCACUCCCACAUUCCUUACAUGGAAACCCAACAUCAAACACAAGUGUGACGAACUUCGUUUUUUUUAUAUAUACACCUGUAUCUGUAUGUAUAGCCAUAGCCUCUAGGGAUACAUAUACAAGUCGUUGCAUUCAUCGAAGACUUUUUAUUAACGAAUGCAAACUAUGGAACGCCAAUGGCUUUGAUAGUACAGUUUGUCAGUGAUACGUUGCAAAAUUAAAUAGACAAUCCUUCUAACAUGUCGCUUAUAUUUAUUGCCAAAAGUAUGCACAGUGUUUUCAUACUUAAAAAAACUGUAUUUUCAAGGGUACAAUAUCAAAAAUGUCAUCUUGUAAGACAAGGUGUGAACCAUUUGACUAGGUUACCAUCUCUGAAUAAACUGGAUGCCUGUAGCGGAAAUCUUUUGUGAGCUACAACAAGUCUUCAAGAGCCAAGAAAGUGUGCUUGUCACUAAUUCACAUAGGAAUCAGCCCAUGGACAGUACUGAUCAAUGGGUGAAUACAGCCUAUUAAGUCACAGAGCGGGUGAUAUAAUUAAAUCAUGACCAACGCAAAAGAGACAGGUUAAAAGCUUUGGCAUUGAGUCGUAGCUAGGCAAAUUCACUUCCCUUGUCCAUUAACUUAGCACCUCUGGCAGAGUUGAGUGUCCUACUGGAGGCUCUUAACACAUCACAAGGGGAACAUGCCCUGCCAAACUUCUUCCCCUAGGUACCUUCAGAGUCAUUGUAUGCCACCAAUCAUACCUGGACAGAGCAAAUCUAAUAUAAAGUUAAAGCCCCACCCAAGAUCAUUAGAGGCUCCACCCUAAAAUCAUUAGCACUGCUCUCAAAACCUCCAAAUGCCACCCAAAUCUACGCAAACUUCAAAUGAUCUUUAAAGAAAAGCUCAUUGUUAAAAUACUUACCAAUUUUUUUUUGGUGCAUUCAAGGCAUUUAAGACCCACCCUGAGCCCACCCAGGAACACUCACUUCUGAAGCAGGGUUUACAUAAAGCCCACUCAUUUUCAAAGUGGGAAAAUCCAACUGUCUUUGAAAAUUUGGCACAAUCCAGGUAAAUUUGAGACUAUUAGCAGUUGUAAGGGUGCAAAAAAUUCUGUUUCUAAGACCCACUGGGUAAUGUCUUAAUUGAUCUUACACUUUGACUUAUACUAUUACAUUUGCCCCUAGAAUGUUUCCAUUGUGCAUGUGUGACAAGUACACUUUAUUAUGUUUACUAUGGGUAAGCAACAGGGCCGUUUACAUACAUGACAUAAAAGUUUACUGGAAUAGCACAAAAAUGUCAAAAAUUCCAAAAACUGCUUUAUCUGGACACGCCUCUACAUGACUGAAGACGGGAUGUAAAUUAACGGACUUAAUUAGCCAUACAGACGACUUUGUGUUCAACCAGUGUCUGUGCCCUGUCCAUAAUGGCUGUAAUCCCUCCGGUUCCAUUUUUAUGAUUUGCAUACCACACUUCAGGCCCUAAAGACGCCCAACUGGUUUUGCAGUCAGUGUCAGCUCCUUCGUUAUGUAGCAUAAUUGGACACUGUAAUGUACCCAUGGAAGCAAUAAAACAUAGUCUUUUACAUAGUAGAUCAGCAGUGUUAUAUAUGUUUGAGAUUUUGGCCUUUCAGUGUUUUUGUAGAUACAAGUAGGGCAGACGGGUGUGGGUGGAAAAACUGGAGAAGAAAUAUAUAGGUCGUAAACAUAUAUUGUGGAAAUUGAUGUCUACAUGUUUAGGACUGGGAUGCCCCAAUCUCUUCUAAAGUGUUUAUUAAAGGGCUUGUAUACGAUUAGAAAAACAUGUCUACUUUCUUUCAAAAACCUCACAGGUUGUGUGUUGCUUUAGGUCAGCUAGAUCAACCUCAUUCAAUUCCUUGAAGUUAAGCUGCAAUACUAGGCUCAACACAUUUUCAGGUGUAGCGCUGUUCCUGAACAGUUGUAGAGAUGAGUGAAUAGAUUCUGUAGAAUUCAAAUUCAAGCAGAAUUUUUCAAAAAUUUUGAUUCUAUAGAAUAAACAUUUUUGCUAAUUCAAUUUGGGAGAAUUUUGGGAGAAUUUUGGGAGAAAGAGAGGGGUAGGGGGUUAUCUACUGCUUUUCAGGGUAUUUAAAGCACUUUCAAUUUAGCUCAAAUUGAUUGUGGUCCAAAUCGAAUCCGAAGCCCAGUUCAGAUUAAUUGGUCUGGAAUCAAAUUUCUGGAAAUUCAUUCAUCACUAGUUAGUUGCCAUCAGUUUGUACAAUCCUUAAAAUAUGCAAUAAUGUUGUUGAUGUCAGCAUGAGCCUUGUUUUUAUUUUUUCACAUUUUUUUUUAUAAAAUAUAUUGAAAUGUCAAAAAGUAAAGAACUUGCUCUAUUCAUAUGCAAGCAUGUUAUUUCCAUGAAUUGGCCUCGUUGUUUUCCAAAAAUGUGGUAAAUUGCUCCUGAUUCUCAUGUUCUAGUUCUCGAUUUUGGCACUUUGCCAUAGAAAAAAAAUUGGUACUGGCCAAUUUCCUGCCCCAGCCUUACCUGAUUAUGGUUUCACUUCUGAUGGCGGUGGAAAAAAAAGUGUCAUUAGCUCCAGAAUUCUGGUUUCAAGGAGUAACAAAAUUGGGCUUGGUGACUUUUUGGGCUUCUUUGUGCAAAAAAUUUGCACCAUUCUCUAUUUCUACACCACUCCUUUUUACAAAGGCUGGUGGGAACGUGGGGAUGGUUAGUCAGUCAAAUUGAUUUAAGCCACAUUUAUCAACUAAGAAUUGCCUCACUCUUACCCCAGUAAAGGAGUGGCAGAGUAAAUGGAGGAACAUCUCAAGAAAAAAGUUCUACACCUGUUUUCUGACAUACUGUAGAAAUUUGGCACAUUUUGUUACAUGUAACAUCUUGAGCCGAAUUAUUUGACUUUUUGCAGUUUUACACCCCCCAUGCCACUUUUGAAAGUGGGUGGGAAAGUGAGUUGGGUUAGGUAUGUUAAUAUAUUUACUCCAGGUUUAUCAUGGCAAGAUUUUUUAAAUACCCUGCGACAUUUGAUAAAUUUGGUAUAAGGUACACCAGCACAAACUCAAGCAAAAACUGACUUCUUAAAUUCCUCUCAUCAUAAAUACUGCUUCUCUUUUUGGGAAACAACACCACUCUUGACCAUAGAUUGGAGUCUGGUUCUGCAAAGUAGAGCUGUUAGAGCAGCCAUGUUUUUCUAAUCUCAUGCAACAUAUUUAAAGCGGAAAAUUCACCUCUUAGGCAUUUAUACACAGCCACGGGAUAUGCCCUUACUAUCUUAAUAGAUGUGGUUCUCACUUCUGGGACCUGUAGUUAUUUUCAAAAAUGUGCUUGGAUGUUUUUAAAACUCCUGUACAAGUGAAUGGAGUGAGUCGCACAUGAGUAGCCAAGUGUCCACUCACCAGGAGGGACAUUUUGGAGACACAGUAGGUGUAGAUCCCAGAGGUUUCCUGUGGAUACAUCAUAAAUGGCUAAGAUGGGAAUACACCUUUAUCUGAUAGCUUGUUAUUUGGUCAUGAUCAGAAUAUCCAGCAGUAUGGCACAAAUGUCAUUUAUGGGGUACAUUACCAUCCCAUUUAAAGUAGAGGUGCAAGGACACUUUUUGGAGAGGGGUGCCUUUUUUCUACAUUAUGUGUUCACUGCACCUUGUAUCUUUUAUUUGAUCAUUUUGCUAUGAGCUUAUUGAGCAUUGUGGUUAGGCUACUUGCUCUUUCUCCUUUCUUACGCUUACUUGAUCUCAAUCAUGUUGCUUCCAUUGUACUUUUUCAAUUGUGUUUUAUUGUGUUCAUCUUAAAUAAAAGGGAAGGUUAUGCACAUCCUCUAGUCAUCCCAAUCCUAAUAAGAUGGUUCUUGACAUUAAUUGGGUGAUUUGGUCACACUAUAUGAUGACGAUUGUUGUACAGUCAUCUGAUUGUGGUCAUCAGCUUAUUGCAUCUAUGAUCUUGCCAUAAAAGUAGUCAUCUGUUUUGGGUCCAUCUAGGUUAAAAGGGCAUAGAAUACGGUUGGGUAAAAAAAUUGUCUUCAUCACAACCAAGGUCAAAUGGAAAUGUGAGGAUUGUCCAUGCAUUUUAGAUUCUUGCAUUGAAAUUUACUCAAUUUAAGACAAAGGUUAAAUGAGUUUUCUUAUGAAGACAACCCUUUCUCCAUUAAGUACAUCCUCUGAGUUAUAGAUCCCACAGCAAUUACAUUACUGGGGGAUUGGAUUUUAUGAGGUCCUCAGAGCUAGACUCCUGGAAAGUUGACCAUCUUCUGGCCGACUAUUUAAUACACUGACAGCCUGGGUCCACCAAAGCAGAAUCUAUUCUUACUUAAUGGCUUUGCACUUUAGCUAAUUGGAGGUGGAGUCAAGAGGGGCACCCACUCUAAGAUGCCCAAAUGCCCAAUCAGGGCAUGUGGAAAGGGACUGUCUUCAUGAGGCAACAUUUGUAGUAUUUUUGAUACGUACCAUAUUUCCAUCCAAAGGGUAUAUGCUAGUCUCUUUCUUAUUCAGAAGCUUUCAUGACAUGGUUAUUUGUCUAACACAAAUAGGGUUAAAACAUUUAUAAAGUGACCCCCACAGAUGUUUCAAGAUGUAUGCACAAGUCUGUACACAACUGUAUAUAUCAGAUAGCAGUGCACAUAAAGCUCAGGUUAUAGUGCAGAAUUGCAUUAUGUAAUGGUCUUCCUUACACCUUAUGAGGUAGAUUGUACAGUACAUUCAACAAUUCAAAAAGAAAGGAAAGGAAGGUGUUCAGCCAUAAUCUUGUGAUCAGUCAAACACAUCGUACAUGUGAACAUAUCAUUUAAAAGGCUAACCCUUAGAGCUAAAUCUAUGUGAUAAUUUUAUAUACAAUACAAUUGUAUCUUCUGUACAAUUUGACCUAAAUUGACCGGUUGUACAAUACAAUAUCAACUUUUUGGGGGACACAUUUUUGGGUGGAUCAAUGACCCAUAUCUCAACAGUGUUUAUUUCAAUAUCCGUAGCAGAAAAAGGUAAUUCCCUUUGGAAUAUUGUGAACACCAUUUUAAAAAUUCCCAAGGUGUAUACCAGUCUUCGUGAAUUUGGCCUGCCGGCUCUGCUCACAUCAUGGUGUUUUUGAUAAAAAGAAUAAGCUAGUAUUUUUGUCACCAGAGAUACCAAAACCCAGAAGGAAAUCUAAUGGGUCCUAUUUUAAGUCAAUAGUAUCCACCUAGAUUUGUUGAGAUUAUUCUUCAAAAAUGUUCAGCUGAUGUUCAUACAUGUACGGUAGCACAAUACAAUAUUUAUGGUUCAUUUACAUAAAACCAUAUACAUUCAAUAGUUGUCAGCUACUCAAGUUUGGCCGAGCAUGUAUAUGUUCUCAGUAGGGAGAAGAGAGAAAGCCACUGACAGACACCUCUGGCGGCAGCCUGACAACAAAAGGAUCGGGCAUUUGAGACUAAACUGCCUGAUUCUUCUUCCCCCUUAUAUCUAUCAUCAUAGGAGAGUCGGAGCACCCCUAUAUAUAUAUUAGAGGGUUGGCCAGUCUCAAUGAAAUUGGCCGAUUUGUCCAACUUUCAUCUUGAGUGCAUGGCCACCUUAAGAUCAGUACGAGAUAAGUGAAGCAAAUACACCCUCCUGUGGGAAGGGUAUACAUCCUUCCUAUGGGAAACAAAGCCAUUUCCCCCUGUGAAAUGCUGAAAAGGGGGAACAAAUCCAGGAAUUUUUAUGUAGUGUUAUAGAAGUUUUUUGGGUCAACCCAUGUAAGUAAUAGAUGCCCUUUGAGCCAUAUUCUUAUAGAAAUCCUUUAACUUUCAUGACAUUAUUGUUUCAUAUCUGUAAAGUGUCCACUAUCGGCAUCUGAAUUUUAAGUAAUGCGUAUCUCGUUGUCACCACAACAGACUUUAGCCUUUUUUUCUGUUUCUGUGAUGACUCAUAGCACAAUGUGGUGGUCUCAGUAGAUAGAAUGACGUCUUAGGUAGCAUUUGUGAAGUAGCUUAUCAUUAGAUAGACGCCUUCUGUGCUAUGGAUGAUAUACACUGUAAACUGGUUAUCAUUCCUCAGACUUAUGACAAUGAGUUACCUUGUAUUAUACUAGAGAUAAAGCCUAAUUUCAUGCCAUUCUUCAGUAUUGUGUGUGGAAACAUGUUCCUACAGUCAAGGUUUUACAUAAUGUAUAUAAUAUCAGUUUCACGAUUCUUGCUCCGGCUUUUGCAAAUGUAGUGGUGCAGUAAUUAGAUAUUUUGAUUGCAUAACAUUUUCAGCUGCUAGUUUAGGUAUUACCAUUGAUGUACAUUAAUUGCCCCAUUAUGGCACCCAGGAUAGAAGGGCCUGGUGUCCAGGCCCUUUGGCCAAUUUCCCACCCCUUCUUGCAGUUCCUCCAGGUCCUCCUGCACAGGUUCUCACCACCCAAUAGCAAAAUGGAUGCGACCAACUGGGACUGGGCCCCCUCUGUGUAAGGUUCCCCCAUGGUCUGUAUCUAAGGUAUCUACAUAUGAGAUCAUUAACGUGGCCAUGUAUGAUCAUCUUAACUGGUAAAUGCCCAUAAAGUUUAAGUCAUAUUACUUAGUUUGCAUGCUAUUACACCAUUGAUAUCCAUUUGGGUGGGGGGGAUUUACAUUUGCAUAUUUCUAAAUAUGCUAAUCAAAAUGAAUCGGAUUCUACCUAUAUCUAAGCCAUAAUUUUAAUAAGAAAGUUUUAAGCAGCAAGCCAUCAUAAUUGGAGACAUUGUCGUUGAUCAUGAUGAUUGCUAUUUUCUAACAAAACAUCGCAAGGAGAGAAAUGUCCAGUGGUAAAGCCAGAUUCUUGAUAAAAUUUGAAGAAAAUACAAAAAUAGGAACCCAGCAGUCAGGUCCACGUGUUUCAGAUUGCUGAAUCCUUAUUCACAAUCCCACGUUGGAUUCUGUCUAUAGCUAAGCCAUAAUUCUAAUAGGAAAGGUUUAUCAUACCAGGAAGCCAUCAGUGUUAUAGCCAUAGUUGUUGAUCACAAUGAUUGAUGUUUUCUAUUACCAGAUAGUGCCCAGACCUAUCAGAGUCAACCCUACAGGACUGGCAGGGUCAGUCAAAAUGUAGGGUGACAUUGUUCACCUCUGUUCCAAGAGCAAACUCUUAUAUUUGCUUGACAUUCCAUCGAUGUCUCACCCAUGUGAGCCCUGCCGAUUACACCAUUCUAUUUCAUCUCGUGGAAGCUACAUGGUUGGCACAUUAUACUCAAUGUAACCACUGCCACUUCAUUCUAGUAAUUAGAGGGUGUCACAGCUGUUGGAACCCCAGCAAUUGCGAUUUGAUGGCAUAUCAACAUCUAUAGUGAGUCAUUCCGUUUAGUCUUUUGUCUACAGAGCUGGUCCUAGCGUUGGGCGCAAAUCCAUUCCUAUUUUUAUACCUUAGGUGUCUAAAGCAUAUGGGAGUAUGGCCAGAGAUGUUAUGUGACACUGUAUGCCAUAGUAAUAGAUUAAGUUGCCCUAUGACUGCAAUUUUUUUUAGAUCUAUUGCAACAAAACUUAAGACGUGAAUGAAAAUCCUGAGUGAUUUCAAUUGUGGCAUUCAGUUCCAAAAAGGCUAUGCAAGACAUUUAUGUUCCUACAGUGUAAAAAUAUAUCAAAUUAGAUCUUUUCACCAUGGGAAGGGGGUGUUUUAUACUAAAUGCUGGUGAUUAGGCAGACAAGGUUCAUUGAAGGGUCUGAUUUAUAGAAAUUAUUACUAGUUAUUAAUUAAUUGCACUGUCAAGGCUAGUGGCAAGGUUGAACCUUAUUCUAGGACCUAAAGUGUCACCUAUAUCCUUGUCACCUACAAUGUAGACAUCUAGAACAUGUGAUAGACAUCUGCUAUUCUGAUCAAUUCUCGCUGAUCCCAGGUAUUUUGGAACCUCCAUAGUAAAUGAAUUCAGAUUUUACAGAACGAAGCACGGCAUGCACCAUGGCAGAACCCAACUGCCACCAGUAUAAGUCAAUUCGGUACAUGAGGCCGCAAUUCGAUAAAUGGGCAAAACCUAAAACUUGUUUUCAGGUGUGAUAUUUUUCACGUUUUCAUUUUUGUAAAAAAUGGCAUUGUGCUAGCUUGGAAGCCAUGGAUAAGUCUAAUAUCAUCAGAAUUAAGUCCUUCCUUGUUUUGUAGCCCUGACCUGUAUGUCAUUGGUUUUGGGGAAGAAAGCAUCAAAAUUGAUCACGUUUUAUCAAUAUUUGAUCAUUAGAGAAAAAAAGAAAACUAAUUCUAUGACCUAUUGUGUGGUCCAACAUUGUGGUCCUGACUCCUGACACAAACAGUCAUUAUUCCUUGUGAAAUAUUAGAACUAUUAAUGCUAUGAAUCUUUAAAAAAAAAAUAUUUGAUGGGACAAGGGUUUAGUUGGUCAUUGUUUUUUUUUCUGUAGUAAUACAUUGCCAAAUGCAUAGGAAGACACUAGUAUUAUAAAUGAUCAUGGUGAGAGACCUGUUACAUAUAUUAAAUUGGCGCCCAGGAGCCUCAAGUCACAUCCUUUUUUCAUCAAAUUUAGAUUUUUCAUUUUGCUCCUUUCAAGAUUUAAAUUUACUAGGAAGAUUUAGAUAAAGAUUCUUAAUUGAUUGGAUGUGUAGCUGUAGAAUAUUUUAAAGCCAUUGGACUAUUGUAAUUAAACAUUAAUAAUUAUAUUGUAUUAUUUGAAGUUAAGUGAAGUUCUCAUGAACUUACAAAGUGUUCUUCAGAUGAAAUAUUUGCUUGUCAUAUACCAUGGUUAGUAACUGUUUGCAGGUUGUAUGCCAGACAAAUUUCAAUAAAAAAAAAACUCAAAAAGGCAAUAAUUAAAAUUCAUAGUAAUGCAUUGUGUCAUACGGUAUGUUUAGAAAUCAUUGUAUAGCUGAAACAUGAAAAAAUGUUACCUUCAACUUGACAUUACAUCUGGACACUUUAAAAAAAGAGCCCAAAAACUGCACUGAUGUUGUUAGGGACAGAAUUGCUGAGCAUUGUAUGAGGAAAAAAAAAAAAGAUUUUGUAGUGUUUUCCUGUUUUAAACAGGCUGGAUCUUAAGGAUAUGUUGUAGUAUUUGAGACAAUAUUUGUAUAAUAAGGUAUGAAUUGUAUAUAGUUCUUUUUUUAACCUUCAAGUUCUUGUAGAUACAUAAUAGCAACAGUCGGACUGUAUUCCACUUCAGAUCCUUGCAAGAUGUUACCGGCCACCUGUAUUAAACCUCAAUAUAUGCAUCCGAAGUUGUAGGUGUAUUUUAUUAUUAACUUUGUUGCAGUUUGUCUUAGUUUUUUUAAUUGUUUUUUAAUAUUUAUUUCAGUUUUAUACCUCUUUAUACCUCUUUCAUUUACUGUAUAUUUUAAAACUUACAAUUUCUGAAAUUUUAUUUUGCUUUUGACAUGAGAAAUGAAUUAUGCUAAUUAUUACACAUGGAUUGGAUUAUUUUCAU